AUGGCCAGGUUGACGAGAAAUGGUCUGGGUGUUCCUAAACAUGAACAGCCUGGUUCUACUAAAAGAUAUGGGUCAAAGUCAAUAAUUCAAAGGAAAUGGAAUUUUUCUUGUUUUGAGAAGUUUGUACAGGAUAGCUUUCCUAAAGCACCAUUGCAUUUGACCGGCUUCACCUUUGCAAAAGCAGAAAAAGGCAGACGUCUUAAAAAACUUGCUGCAACAACAAUACAUGAUUUAGAAUUGGAAAUUGGAAAAGGGAAGAUUUGUGUAGUUCCUGGACGAGAUCUACCUCUACCAGUUCAGCUGACAGAAGCAGGAAUGUCCUCAGUUACUUUUGCUGACAGACCUGAAACCAACUUGCAAAAUGAAGGUCAGACCCAAUUAGAAGAAGUGCAUGGUGCUUUGAGCUCAGAAAUUCAUCAUGUAAGGAACAACCAGGAGAGGCUAAAUGUCAAUAUACAGACUAUAGAAGACAAUCAUCCCCAACAUGAGACUCCUGUCUUAGAUGUUGAAGUUAGAGAAGAGUCAGUUCAGAGAGUAGCAGAUGUUACAAACCAACCAGAGAUCCAAAUACACCAGUCACAUUCUGAGGAAAAGGAGUUGGAUCUUAAACGAGGUUUUUCUGAAUUGGAAUUGCUUGUUGAAGAUGAAAUUUGUAUCAGCAUAAGAAGAUAAAAUAUCUUAGAGGAUGUUCAAGCAAUCUAUAGUACAACUGACAUUCUGAACAAACGUUUACGUGUAAAGUUUAUGGAUGAGGAGGGUGAUGACUUUGGAGGCUCAACAAAAGACCUUUUCUCUUCCUUUUGGAAUAAGGCUUUUAUUGAAUGGUUUAAAGGGGAAGAUGCCCUUGUUCCUUGUCUUCCUAUAAACCAGUUCUCUGAAGCUCCUGGCAUAUCCUCUGUUGUUGGCCAAGUACUGACACAUAUGUGUCGGCUCAUCCAUUGUAUACCACCUCGGUUCUGCAGGUCAACUCUGCUUUCCAUUGUGUUUAAUACCUCCACUAUAGACAGCGAAAUACUGUUAGAUGAUUUUUUGUUGCAUGUAACAACAGCAGAGCGUAGCCUACUGUGGAAAGCUUUGAAAGAUGUUACUGCAGUCAGUGCACCUGAAAAACAGGACCUGCUUAAUUUUUUUUCAGUUCAUGGCAUGUAUACUCUUCCUUCUACAUCCAAUUUUAAAAGUCAGCUGCUUUUAGUUGCACAAAAUGAACUUCUUAUUAAGCCAAUGUAUUUGAAUACAUUCAUUCGGCAAUCAAUACCAGAAGUACACAUGGCAAUAUUUUGGUCACAGCUUGACACAGACCUCAUUUCUUAUUUGUACUGGAAGGAGAUGCCAACUGUAGAUUGUGUUUUACACUGCCUUACUUACUACAUGUGAACCUGACUUAAGACCUGAAGAAGAUGUAGUCUGUUAUUACCUAUGUGACUUUAUCAAGUCACUGGACCUAGAUGACAUGUGUAAAUUUCUUCAGUUUGUAACUGGUUCCCCACUGUUACCAUAUGAUGGGAUUAAGGUAUCUUUCAAUAGACUAAGUGGCACACAGCGUAGACCUAUUGCACAUACAUGCAGCAAUAUGAUAGAAAUUCCUGUAACUUACACAUCUGUUUUGUAUUCAGAUGAAGCAUUUACAAUGACAAUGUUGUAAUUUUUUUUUUAUUUUUCUUAAAUAUAGUAACUGAGUUCCAGGUGCCUGUUUCUGCAAACUGCAGUGUUGAAAGAAACAGACAUAAUAUAUACUUAGAUUUCAGAAAGAUUAAAAGGUUUUGAAAAUCACAGACACGUUAUUGUAAUAAUCUCAAAUAAAAAUUUCCAGUUUUUCAUGUUUAUUUGUUACACACAUUGCUAAAAUUACAUAUUUCAGAAACAACAUUGUUGUUUAACUACAAUUGUUAUUAUUAUAAUGUUGUUUCAUAAAGUUGGAAGUCAAAUAUGUACAGUUUUUCCUGUUUGUAUUACCCUCAAACAAACUGUAUCUGUUUCAAAC